AUGCUCACCAGACACGCGCUGGCCAUUGCCCUCCUUGGAGUUGUUGUGGCCGUCGCCCAGGGACAGCGGCUAAAACGCGGCUCCUCGAAGCGCCUCCCCACCCAAGAAGAAGCCGAUUGCCCCUAUGGAUGCAGAUGCAACCAAACAACGGUGACUUGCCGUAAUCGGGGGCUUGGAAAGGAUGUCUUUGAGGAUAUCCACAGCCGCGGAUUCCCCCACCUGGACACCAUCGAAAUUGUCGGCAAUCGAUUUGGGGAUAUCUCGGAGUCGUUGUUUGAUGAUCAAGAUGAUCACAACUCCGUAACUAUCGUCAAUCUAACGGACAACAAAAUCACCAAGAUCGGCAAAAACACCUUUAACGGCGUCCGCAAUGUUGAAUGGCUCUACCUGGACAACAACGACAUCAAAUCCGUGGGCACACAGCCAUUCGCAAAAUUGGCCAACCUACGCGGAAUCCAUUUGAAGGCGGCUUUUGGAGAUAUCUCUGCCGCCGCGAAGGCCGACCUUUUGGCGCUGUUUUUCGACCACCCACGCCGUGGAUGGAAUGAAUUGCAGGAGAUCGACCUCAGCAACAAUGGUCUCGAGAUCAUCAACCCGAACACGUUCUGCAAAGUACCCAGCCUCGUCCGCUUGAUAUUGGAUGGGAACAAUCUCAAGAAAUUUGAGGUGGCCCCAAAAUGUUUGCAGGGAUUGCGGCAGCUCGUGCUCCGAGGCAACAAAUUGGAGACCGUCCCGGCGACCCUUUACGAUAUGUUGCCGUCGCUGAAUGCGGUGGAUGUCUCGAAGAAUCCAUUAGUGUGUGACUGCGCACUGAUGCCAUUCUUGAAAAUUGCACGCGAGGACCCGAAUAAUUUCUUGAAUCAGGGUCAAACCGUUUGCGAGCUGCCGUCAAACUAUCGGGGUCAGCAUAUCUUUGAUGCGAAGGCAGAUCUCUGCGAAAGCUCAUCCUCCUUCUGGCCGCACUUCCUGAUCUUGCUGGCCAUCGGUGGAGCUGGGCUUUUUGUAUACAGCCGUUUCCGGUCACGACUUCCCACCCCUCUACCCUUCCAAUUCGGCUACCAAAAUCUGAAUCAACAAAGUGUACUGACGGAGGAAAGGGUUGAGCCUGAAUUUGUC